AUGUCGAAGACUCCCGAUUACUACAAGAUCCUCAACAUCUCUAAAGAUGCCACCCAGCAGCAGAUUCGUACUGCGUACAAAAGGGAAUCACUGAAAACCCACCCCGAUCGAGUCCCCGCAGACUCACCCGAACGAUCCUCUCGAACCCGCAAAUUCCAAGAGAUAAACGAUGCCUACUAUACCCUAUCCGAUCCCCAACGUCGACGCGAGUACGAUACGACCCGAGCCUACGAGGAAGCAGAGUCAGAAGUCGACGAAGAAGUCCCCGGUGGAGCAGGUAGUUUCCCAUGGUCAGGCUUCUUUGGCUCCGGGUCCGGAUCUGGAUCUCGUGAAGAGCGCGACUCAGAUCAGUUCGGCUCUGUCUUCGAAGAAAUGCUACGUGAGGAAGGACUAGCAGAAGAAGACGGUGGACGGACCCGUCCUACUUCUCGCUUCUGGGGCGUUUUAGGAGGUGUUAGUGGUGGUGCGCUUGGAUUCAUUGUUGGAAAUGUUCCUGGAGCUUUGGCGGGUGCGGUUGCUGGGAAUCGUCUGGGCGCGGUGAGAGAUGCGAAGGGCAAAAGUGUUUAUGAGGUUUUCUUGGACCUUCCAACGCCGGACCGGACGAGACUCUUAAGUGAACUUGCUGCGAAGGUAUUUCAGACUACUAUGGGACGCUAG